GUGAGUCACAGGUGAUCACACACAUUUUACAUGUCUGAUACUCUCAGGCAUUAAACCCACGCUUUGUUGUGCUGACAGUUUGCAUUUUGGGAGCGUUAGAAAAGAGGAACUUUAGUCCUGGGAGGAAUUCAGUGUUACUAAAAGACGGUUCGAACAUGCUGAACCAAUUCUGGAGUGAACCAGGAGGAGGGAAAACUCUGCCAAUGGACACAGAGGAUAAAGGACUGUUUAUCACAGAUCCUGAGCCACCAGGAUACAUGCAAGAUAUGCACAGGAAGAGCACUGUGCAAGAACUACUCAUGAUACAACACCAGAAUGAGCAGAAAUGGAACUACUCACCAGACUACGACAACUCUGUGUCCAAAUUUCCAUAUGCACAAAGAGACAUCUUCAGGAGUGAGCUCAGUCCUCCUCAGAUGAUCAACACUCCAACACCUGCAAGCCCCACUGUGACUAUGUCUCCUGAAAAUGGGCACAUUACCCCUCAGUAUGCACAACAUCCAGGUGUGUGGGGGAAUGUGGCUCAGAGUGUGGGUGGAAUGAGUUUAUUCCAAUGGCAAGUACAUCAGGAGGAGAAGAGAGUCGAAGGAGUUCCUCCUGAGCUCUUCAGUAUGCAGGAUGCAGAUGGUGACACAUAUCUGCACAUAGCAGUAGCACAAGGAAGAAGAGCUUUGUCUUAUGUGCUUGCUGGAGAAAUGGCAAAAAGUGGCACACUGGAUGUGAAAGAUUACAAUGGACAGACGGCGCUCCAGGUCGCAGUUGCUGCCAAUCAGCGUUUAAUCAUUCAGGACCUGCUGACACUCGGAGCAGAAAUCAACACUCGUGACCGGUGGGGGCGCUCUCCUCUGCAUGUGUGUGCUGAGAAAGGCCACUUCCACUGUCUUCAGAGCAUCUGGAUGACCAUGAGACAGAGUGGACAGCAAAUCGAUAUUGAAAUGUUUAAUUAUGAUGGUUUUACACCACUUCACACAGCCAUCUUAUCCCACAACGUCAUUGUCAAAGAGCUGAGGAGCCUUGAUGAUCCGUCAUCAUGCAUGGCGGUGAAGCUGUUGCAGAAGAAACAGACCUACAGUGAAUGUGUUAAGAUGCUGUUGCACAUGGGUGCCUCUUCUGGGACAAGGGAUCUGAAGUGUGGAAGGACGUCACUGCACUUUGCCUCUGAGGAGGCAAACUUGGAGCUGCUGCAGCUUUUCCUGGACCAGCCGUCUUCACUGUGCAUCCUGAAUGACAAGACGUUCAGUGGAAACACGGCGCUGCAUCUUGUCUGCGCAUUAAGAAACCAUGAGCACCAAGUGGAAGCAGUGGAGUUGCUGGUCAGAAGAGGUGCCGAUCCUAUGGCCAGAAACUUAGAAAGGGAGCUGCCAUGUCACCUGGUGCCUCCAGGCCUCACCGGUAAAAAGGUGCAGAAAAUCCUGAAAGGAAAAUGUCUUCAGCUUUAACUGAAGUUCAGAAACGCUGUCAGUCAGACAGUCCAGUCUAAAUCGAAAAUAUUUGCCAAAACGAGGCAGAUGUCGGUUGUUUCAGUGAAACACGUCCAAGUGUUCAUUACUGUGUAAUGUGUUUAAAGAAAAGGGUGGUGGUAAAUAUUAUUUUUAUUUCUUGUAUUAGGGCUACUGUUGAUGGGAAAUAAAUCUAAUGUAAAAUGUAAUGCGUUUAAAUAGUUGUGUUGAUGUUAGGUCAGUAAUCCCCCCCACCCCUUUUUCUUUUUAAAUGGUCCUCUGAGUAUUUGAUUCAUUUGACCAGGCUGCUCUUUGAGGAUCCUUACAAUGUUCUGGAUCUCCAUGACAUUGCUGGACAACAUAACCAGCCUGUGAGUGCUGAGGAGCACGGGGGCAGAAACUCUUGACUGUUUCCCAGUGAAUUUUGGCGUUCAUCAGGGAGGUGCUCUGGUUCCGCCUCUGUUCUUUUACUUGCACGGACUGGGUGCUAGGUAGGGUUUGGUGACACCAGCAGCUUAGGUGUCCCUGUUCGUGAGGAAAGGCUUAUUAGCUUUGGCUUCACAGACGAUGUUGUCACCUCUGUGAAAUCAGUGGACGCCCUGAGUUCAACACUUGAGAAUCUGAGCGAAGAACUGAAGUGUCUGCCAUAGCAACUGUCGCUGAUCAAAAGAUCUAAUGACUUCCUGGACUCUGCCAUCAUGUGUUUAUCUGGUUAUGGUGGAAGUGUUUAACUAGUUCAUAGAGUCACUCAUCUCCAUUUGGGAAGAGCUUCUGGAAUCUUGAGGCUGGCGUGAACUUUGCUGAUGCAGUUACUUUUGCCAGACAACAAAGUCUUUCGGGUCCUGGUGCUUCCAAUCUCACAAUAUUGCUGAGACUUGUACACUAACUAGUGACUAGUUAUAUCUGUCUUGCACACAGGUGCAUCAGUGUUGAAGACUGUAGUGGCUGGAGAAGGCCACGAAGAUGUCCACUUUUCAUCAGACUGCUGCGAGUAGAUGCUUAACUUUGGCAGGUGGGGAUGGAUUGGUUGUCUGCCUGGGUGGUUAUCAUCCCAAAAUCAUAGUGUGGUGUGGAGGUCCUAUCCUAAUCUGUGAUUAUAAGCCCCUGUGUCCAUAUAGUGUGUUUUUUGUUGUGGCUUGGUGUGACUUGGUGAUUGGUGUGACUUUGUCAAAUUUCUGAUUUUGGUUGUGUGAUAACAGUGGCCCUAACACAUUGUGUUGGCAGGAAAUAUUUCUGCAUGGUGAGUGAUCAUGGUUUAGUGUAAAUGUGUGUUUUAUUUUUUGAAUUAAACAGAUAUUUGUGUGUUUUAAAGAUUUACCUGUUCAGAGAGUGUAAUCAGUAGAUCUGCAUCUUAAAGUUUCUUUAUGAUAUUAAUCUCAAAUAAAUGAUUUAACAUCAGAAAAUUGUUUUAAUAAAUCUGACAUCCACAACUCAGAUGUUCAGUGAAGAAUAGAAGGGAACAAAAUAGUUUUCCUGUAAUUAUCAAACCUUGUGCAUUUUUAAUGUUUUUAGUGAGUCGAAAUUGAAUUCUGUAGUGUAUUUAGUUCUGUAUUAAUAUUGCAUGUUAUUUAAUGGUUACACUGAUCUCACAGCAAGAAGGUACUUGGUUCAAGUCCACCAAGACCCUAUUCCUUUCUGUGUAGAGUUGCAUGUUCUAUCUAUGGUUCUAAACUUGCAAAUUAGGUUUGUUAUCCCUGCUAGUCUGGAGUUAUAUAAAGAGGGGCAUGCUGAGGAAAAAAAGUUCCGUACUGGAGAAGGUUGAUCUGCUGUGGUGACCCCAUAGUAUAUGGGACUGGCAUUGUGAUUCCAGUGUAGUAAACUUAUGUAAAAUGUGUUGUGAUGUUGGUUCCAUUACACUUGUAGCCUUGACUUUCUAAAGCCUAUUUUCAUAGCAAAAUGUUUAAUGAUUUUUCUGAUUUUUCAAUUAUUAUUUAAUGAGUUACAUUACAAUUCAAUUUCAGCUUCUGAGUAGCUUAACAGAAAAACUGUAGUUACUCCUUUGGUUAGUUACUCUGAAGUGACAGGCUUCUUUACUAAAAUUGUGGUCACUGUUUAGGGCAACACAAACCUGAUUACUUUCUCUUUUUUUAUUUGUGCUUAUUGCUACAUUUGGAUGGCUCUGCACUGUAAAGAGAACGUUAUACGAGGGCUGUCCAUAAAGUAUCGGUCCUUUUUAUUUU